AUGACAUUUCUUCCACUCUUAUGCAAUAUUAAACUUGUGACAGGGAGCAUUAUCUUAGUAGAUAUAUUCGCUAUUCUUAUAUUCAUUGAGAGCUUAGAUGAAGAACAAGCUGCCAAAUACCAACAUUUGGGCCAAGGAUUUGAUCGAGGAGAUCGAUAUAUAUUCUCUUUUUCUUUUAACUCGCCUGGACCACUUUAUCAUAUAAGCCAAUACUGCCCGUAUCACCUUUUCAGAUGGGGUUUCACCAGUUCUGGGUGCUUGGCUGUUGAAUGUAGCGAGUACCAUAAAUAUAUUAUCCCUUCCCAAAUUCUCCGCGAAUGCUCGGAUACUCAGCUUUCAUUUUUUAAAGAUUCAUUACAGCCAAUCAUUUUUAACAUUAAGUUGCUGUUACGUUCAACAGCCAAGCAUCCAGGACUAGUGAAAUACCCUAUUAUAAGCAAAUUAUUUUCAUACUAUCAAGUUGUUUAA